GGGAUGGUGGUGGUCUGGUGUUAACCCUCCUCCUUCCUCUUCCCUCCCCCCCCGUAGCGAAGGGGUUGGCUGUGCCUUGCGCAGGAGCCUGGGAUUUGCCCCGCUGUUGUUGUUGUUGCUCCAGGCGGUGCGCGUGAUGCUGUUUGUUUGUCCCGCUUGUUACCCCCCGUUCCACAGCUCGCGCCGCGGCUCCCGGGCCAACGUUCCAAACCGGCAACCCGUCAGCUCCCGCCAGUCCAGGGCCGGCCGCAGCGCCGGCGCCAGCGACUGCUCCCGAAAACGCCGUCAACGUUGGCACAAGUCCGGUGUGUGCUGGCCCCGUGCUCGGUUACUGCAGAGUUGCAUCGGAGGGUCUCCUGACCGAAGUGAAGAGACUGGGGAAACAUUGCAAUAAUUUAUAGUUCGGUGGUUCACCUUUGCACCCGGGCCAAGAUGGAGUGUCAAAGACCUUGAAAGUUCAUAAACCUGUUCCAUUGGAGGUGCCAUGUGUUGAGAGAGGAAACUGGUUCCAGAAGACUUCCUGGUAGAAGGAUGACUACUUCAUUUGUUCCUGUACCCCUACCUGUGGGGAAUCCCUCUUCUGGAACACCUGCAAAUAAAAGUCGGAGGAGUUCUUCACUUCAGUCUUUGGACAGUGUAUCCACCAGUUCUAACUCAUCAAAGAGUCAAGGGAGCAGUUUACAUUCUGGUGGAUUUAGAAAGACUGUUACUUCUGAGCACCUAGAUUCCACAAACAUGAUAAAUAACAACAGCCCUUCAUUAAGAACUAGACUCAAUGGUACAAACCCGACAAUUGAAUAUUCUUCCAGACCUGAGGAGUCCGAUUCAGCAAACUGGGAAGAGAGACCUGCUACACCUACUAUGUUGGGAUAUGAAGUUAUGGAAGAAAGGGCAAAAUUCACGGUUUACAAGAUACUUGUGAAAAAUCAUCUGGAAGAAAACUGGGUGGUUUUCAGGAGAUAUACAGAUUUUUCACGACUAAAUGAUAAGUUGAAGGAGAUGUUUCCUGGUUUUCGUCUCGCACUUCCUCCCAAACGUUGGUUCAAGGAUAAUUACGACCCUAACUUUCUAGAAGAACGUCAACUUGGCCUUCAAGCAUUUCUGCAAAAUCUAGUAGCACACAAAGAUAUUGCUAACAGCACUUCAGUGAGGGAGUUUUUGUGUCUGGAUGAUCCGCCAGGUCCCUUUGACAGUCUAGAAGAGAGUAGGGCAUUCUGUGAAACCUUGGAAGAAACUAACUACAGACUGCAAAAGGAGCUUGCUGACAAACAGAAAGAAGUUGAAGCUUUGAAGAGAUUGCUGGAAGAAAAACAUCUUCAUAUAGAAUUUUUAGAAAGUAGAGUAAGGGAAUUAUCCUUGGAACAAGAAAACACCCGUAGACCCUCUGGGCAGGAGAGUGAAUGUAGUGGGGAAGUUGAGUCCUCAGCAGUUGAAGCUGACCAAGCUGUAAUAGAAGAUAACAGUUUGGGGAUGGAGUCUGAUAUAGAACAAACUGCAGCCUGUCAGAACAGUCCCAUAACUGAAGCUUCAUCCGUAGAAGAAGCCCAAGCUGCUGAAGAAGACAAAUAGAACACCAAGCAUUAGUAUUUGUUGAUGCUGAUGGUUAAUCUUGCUGGUAAUAUAACCAUAGCUGUAGCUGGAAUACAGCAAAAGGCUUUGUCUCUAAUUUGUUAUUUGUGUAUAUUUUUAGGAUUUGCCAUUCUUCCAUAACUAAAUAUCUCAAUAUAUUUUUGCUUGAUGCAACAGAUUUUAUUAAUCUGCUCUGCUAGGCUUCCUUGUGCAAUUAAGCUCAAUCACUUAUUCACAAUUUGGGCUAUUGGUUCUAUUGUAGAUACAUUGUCUUGUAACAUUUUAGUUUUCUGUAAGCUGCAUUCAGUUUGUAUCUGGAAAUAUGCAGGAAUAAGUUUAACUUGCAUUACACAAUGAUGCAAGUGAUAUUACAACUUGAGUAAUCCAAGCCAUAGUUGCCCUGCAACAUACAAGCAGUUUUCCAGAACUAAGUAAAUGGAGAUGUCUGAAUGUUCUACAUAGAAUAAUGUUGGAUUUCUCCAAAACUAAAGUGCAAGAUUUCAAUGGGUCUCAUUAUAACUCGAAUUGAAGCUGAAUGUCUAAAUGUUGUCUCAGCAAUAGAAGUUGCUUAAGUGAAUGGGCGCAAAUGCAGUAUGUAAUUUUUUUAGUUCUGUUCCCUAAGCUUUAAAUUUUUAUCGUAGGCAAAUGUUAUCAGUUUUGUCACUUUUUCCAAGCUAGCUAGAGUUAAUCUCCAAAAGGUUUUGAUUUGACAAUCCAAUAAUGUGUAUGGCAGUAGCUUGCUAAGUACUGACAAGGAAACAACAUUCACCAGGUUUUAUGGUGCACUUCAUAUUAGAAUAUUCUGCCGAGUAUCAUUGGUAGAAGACACGUUAGAUAUAUGGUGCCUUUUAACUGUUGCAAUCAAAGUAACUAGUUCUGCUUCAUUAAUGUUGGUUCAUUAGAGUUGCAUGCCUUGGUUAUGCUAAGUGCCUUGUUUCUCUGGAUUUGCAGGAGUUGUAACCACAUUUGUCAAUUGCUUUUAUUUCAUUUGUUUUGCUUCAACUAAUAUUUGUUGCUGAGAAUUUAUUAUUGGCUAGUUACAAAGCCAAGGUGUAGGAUAUUUUGAGUAUACCAGAACUGCCUGAUUUUUUUUAAAUUGGAUGUAUUUUUAAUUUAUGCUGGUGAUUGAGUUGCAAAACCCCUAAAGGACUUUUAACUGAAGUGUGGGUGUAAUCUUCCACUGGAAAUCUUGGUGUCAUGUGUUGUUAUACAUGGAGUGCCAAAUUUGAAGAUUUUACUGCAUGACUUAAAUUACAGGCAACCAUGUGGUUACCCCACCAUAAUAAGAACAUUUUGUGCAGAAACAAAUACAGCUUUCUGAAAUUUGCAUGUUUGAAUUGAACAAAGUAUGCUGUUUUAUUUUAAAUAAAGAUUUUUUUUAGCCAAUU